AUGUCGGCAUCAAACAUAUCUCGGAUUAAGUAUCUAAACCCUAAGGAUCUAUAUCGUUGGAUAAAGAUAGGACAUGUAGACCGUGAGCCAUUUCAAGUUAUAGAUGUUAGAGGCAGCGACUAUAUUGGCGGCCACAUAUCAGGCAGUUGGAAUUACCCUUAUGGCCGAAUCAAAAGAGAACCGGAGCUUCUAAACGAGCUAAAAAGCAAGCUUGAGGAAAAGCUUCCAGGUGAAGGUCAAAAAUCUGUUGUGCACUGUGUGUUCCAUUGCGCUCAAUCCCAGCAAAGAGGCCCUUCCACGGCGAUGCGGUUCUUAAGGUCAAUUCCUGAAGACCAGCUCCAUCUUUUCGAGAUCUGGAUACUCAGAGGUGGCUUCAACGAAUGGCAGAGUAUGUAUGGCCAAGAUAGUUCCGUUACACAGGAUUACGUACCUGAUCUAUGGUAA